AUGGAGCGUUUCGUUUAUCCGCCUUACAGCGUUUAUCAAAGUUAUGGGAGCAGCUUUACCCCAAGCCACAACUUGGCCUCGAGGCUACCGCCCAAACAGAAGCAGCCGAGCUGGAAGCAAAGCAAGAGUAGCGACAUCUCUAAUGCCUACCGAGGGGUGCUGUCUGCCCCUUCCUCGACUCCUCCGGUGACUUCGCCGGAUUAUUUGGACACUUACAAGCGAGCGCAGCUAAAGGCACUGCUGUCGCACGUCAGCCCGGGCCUCACCCCGCGGCUCCGUAAAGCCAACACCAAAGAAGUGGGCAUUCAGGUGAACCCGCAGUCGGACGCCGCGGUGCAAUGCUCGCUCGGAUCCCGGCCGCUCCAGGCCGUCCGACCUCAAAGCCCCUCGGGCCGGCUCAGCCGGGAGCCGCCGCUCCCAGGCUUUUACUCGCCCGUGCUCGGACGCCGCCUUUUCACCUUGCCCGAAACGGCGGAGAAACCGAAGGUGCCGACUGAACGGCCGGCCUCGCCACAGUUCAAGCAGGAGUCCGAGGAAAAGGGAACGUCCGUCGAGGAGAAGGGAGACGGAGGCGCCGAAGAGAAGGCGGGAGCCGAGGACUGGCUGCCGGGCCACGCUGUCGGAUACUCUGCCCAGCAGGUGAUUGGAAAAGGAGGCGAGGCUGGGCGAAGCGGGAGUCGCUUCGCCGAAGAGGGCAAACGAACCACCUUCCAGUUCUUAGAACAGAAAUAUGGCUAUUUUCACUGCAAGGACUGCAAGACCAGAUGGGAAAGUGCCUAUGUAUGGUGCAUUUCUGGAACCAAUAAGGUAUACUUUAAGCAGCUUUGUCGCAAGUGCCAGAAGAGCUUUAAUCCUUAUAAAGUAGAAGCAAUUCAGUGCCAUAUCUGUUCAAAGACUCGUUGCUCCUGUCCCCAGAAAAAAAGGCACAUUGAUCUCAAGAGACCCCACCGUCAAGAGCUAUGUGGCCGCUGUAAAGGCAAAAGAUUAUCUUGCGACAACACCUACAGCUUCAAAUACAUUGUUUGAUCUGUGCAGUUUGUAUGCUGAGGUUGCAUUUAGCUAUGCA